AUGGCAGAUAUAGAACAAUUUUUUAGUAAUAGAAUUUCCAAAGAUGAUCCGGAAUUAAUUUUUCAAAUUGUAGAGGUUGUUGGAUCAGGAUCUUUUGGUACAGUGUGUGCAUGUCGUUGGAUGAAAAAGAAAGAUCGUGAAUCCAAUGGAAAUCGAUUGAUUGCAUGUAAAUUCGUAGAGGUCAGUGCAGACGAUAUCGAAACAAACACAAAUUUGGCAAAGGAAAUCGAUAUUCUCAGAGAAUCCAUCGAUUGUCCAUACAUUGUAGAGUACAAAGGUUGCUAUUUGAAAUCAUCGAUGCUUCUCAUAGUUAUGGAGUACUGCAAGGGUGGAUCUCUUCUCGAUAUUAUAGAGUUGUGUCAGAAGCGACUGACCGAAGACGAGAUUGCAGCGGUGUGUGCCGGUGUCGUCAAGGGACUGGUCUAUUUGCACUCGAAGCGAACCACACAUCGUGACAUCAAAGCUGGAAAUGUGUUGUUGGACGAGGAGGGUCUGCCAAAGCUGGCGGAUUUCGGUGUCUCGACAAUCGCUGAGCAAGGACAGAAAAUGAAGACCGUUAUUGGUUCGCCCUACUGGAUGGCACCAGAGAUUAUCAUGGGACAGGGAUACGAUCAGAAAGCUGACAUCUGGUCACUGGGAAUCACUGCAAUCGAAAUCGCUGAGAGUGUUCCACCCAGAUUCGAUAUUCCACCCUCGCGUGUCAUCUUCACCAUUCCCCAUCAACCACCACCCACCCUCAAAAUCCAGUCGGACUGGUCCGACGACUUUCACGAUUUCGUGCGUGUCUGUCUGGCACUGAAUCCAGCGGCACGUCCAUCUGCCCAACAACUUUUGAGUCAUCCAUUCAUUCUCAAGGGUUCAUCACAGCAGAUUCUCCAGAAGCUCGUUACUGAAUGUAUUCCUCUGUUGAAGGAGCGUCGUGAUGAGAAGAUGCGACAGAUGGAGGAAUCCGAUCAAGCUGCCGAGGCUCAGCGCAAGGCAGAGUCAUUGAAGGGUUCGGUAGUCGUAUUGAAUUCCAACACCAAGACAGCUUCCAUCAUGAGAAAAACAGGUGGAGUUCAACGUCCAGUCUCAGCAAGAUACGAUCCACAGCAACAACAACAACAACAACGACCACAAUCAAAGCCCGCUACAAAGCCUCAAGUCAACAAAAAUUCAGAGGUUGCCAAGAAAGCGGCUGCUUGGCCACCUGCAGCACCAGCAACACCAACACCCGCUACCAACACAACUUCGCCAUCGAAAUUGAAACAACCCGCACAAUUCCAACAACAACAACCAACAAAGCAACCGACAUCACCAACUGUCAAACCAGGUCAAAAUGUCACUAGAGGAACAAUUAGUAUAGGUCAACAGAAAACAACAUCAACAACAACCAAUCAAAAACAACCGACUACACCACAAAAACCAACUCAACAACAAGUUACUUCAGAAGACGAAGAAGAUGUAGUAACUGUUAUCUAUAAUGACGAUACAUCAGGAUAUAGGAGAGGAGAAGAAUUUGACGACGACGAUGACGAUGAAGAUUUUAACCAUGAAGAUUAUGAAGAAUAUGAAAUAUAA